ACCUGGUUUUUCAAUAUACUCAGGAAGUUCGAGAGGAGCUAGGAAUGGCAAUGGGGCAGGUCUGGGGCGGGUAUCUCGAUACCCAUACCCACCCCAUGGCAGGUCGGGUCUAGGUCGGGUAAUUUAUCAAGGGGCGCGGGUCGGGGCAGGUCGACCCAUUGGGUAUGUAAUUUAUGUGAAAAACAUUAGAAAUAUUCGUUCUUUUCAUUGAAAGACCAAGAAAGAAACCAUAAUAUGAUAAAAUGUAGUUAAAUUAUUGAAGAAAUUGAGAUUUUCACUUAUCUACAACUUUAUUAUAGCUAAAAUAUAAUGUAAUAAGAGGAAAAAUUUUAAUUAAUUUAACUAAUAUUAUAUGUAAUUUAGGCAAGAACGGGUCGAGAAUGGGGCAGGUCAGGUCGGGUCGAUGAGAGGUACCCAUGCCCGCCUCGCCCCAAAACAGGUCAAACAGGUCGGGUAAAUCGGGUCAGGUCGAAAUUGCCAUCCAUAAGAGGAGCGUGGUGUGCAAACUUGUCUUAUUGAUCUUCUUGAAACUGAAGGCCUAUGUGAUAAUAUAGAAGAAGCAAUGCAAGAUAUUAGACUUUUUAGAGAUAAGCUUGGAAGCUUUGGGAAGAAAUCAGAUAUCUCGUGUACUUCCACUUUACCUCCUGCUGAAUGGUGGACACUAUUUGGAGACGAUGCUCCACAUUUGAGGAAGCUUGUUGUUCAACUUUUGUCUCAAACAUCGUCUUCUUCUGGAUGUGAGCAGAACUGGAGUGUGUUUGACCAAAUUCAUAAUAAGCGGAGGAAUCGAUUGGAGCAUCAAAGAUUGAAUGAUCUUGUUUAUGUGACUUAUAAUUUGAGGUUGAAGAAUAGGUGCUUGAAGAAGGAGUGGGCGAAAGACCCAAUUGAUUAUGAACAAUUAGAUAACAUCGAUUUUUGGAUUGUAGAAGAAGAUCCACCUGCAGAUAUAGACUAUGAAGAGCUUGAAAAGACUCUUUAUGAGGAGGAGGAGGAGGAGGAGGAGCAAGGAUCAUCAUCAUCUUCUAACAAGCGUCCUCGUGUUGAAGAGGACUUUGAGUAUGAUGUUACUGAUGAAAUUGACUUCGACAUUUCUCAUCUUGUUGAUGCAAUGGAGAUGGAUAGCUUUAUCUAUGAAGAUUGAAUACUUUUCUUUUGUUAUUUGGAAUUCCAAGUUGAUGUUAUGUGAUGGAUUUAAGAGUGGUGGAUUUAAGUGUUCUUGAACUUUUAACUAUGAUGGAUUUAAGUUGAUGUUAUGUGAUUGAUUUAAGUGUUGUUGAAUUUUUACUAUGUUGAAUUUAAGUUGAUGUUAUUUAAGUGUGUUGGAGACUUGGGGUUGAAGUAGUGUUGCAUUUUUUCUAUGUUGGAUUUAGGAUAAGUACAAUAUAAAUACAUUUUCCAUAUUUCCGGGCUAAAACGGGUGACCCAUUAACCCAUGACUCACUAUCUCGUUCGGGUCCGGGUCGACCCGCGGUUUGACAACCUUGCUUUUGACCAACCACACUUUUUAGUUUCUUUUUUGGGUUAAUACAAUUUAAUAGCCAAA